GUAUCUCCUAUUAGUGUCAUUUUUAUUUUUCCACAUUCAAUAGAAAGAUCCAAAAACAGGAGAACUUGAGGGACUGGCAUAUCCGUUUAACUUAUGUGAAGCUGUGGCUACAUGGGAACAGGUAAGAAAUAGUACAAGAGUACUGACGAGAGAGUAUAUUGAUAAUCUUCCAAAUGGAUGGGAGGAUUAUGCCUGGAGAAGGAUUAACAAGGGCAUACAGUUGUAAGCAUCGGAACCAUUGCAAGAAUAAAACCCUAUGCAUGGAGAAACUGUCUCUAGUAAUCCCUGACAAACCACCCUUCUUUCCAAGGCAGUAUGACCGAUGUGCUGUAAUUGGUAACUCAGGUGACCUUCUCAAAACAAAGUUUGGAAAGGAAAUAGAUAGUUAUGAUGCUGUAUUCAGAGAGAAUGGGGCUCCAAUUCAGGCUCAAAAAGUACAUUCCGACUUCUCAAUAGAGGUUCUGCUAAAGCUAUUGAUAAAGUAGCUGAGUUGAACGAUGCUUGUAAGGAGACCUUGAUUAUUAAAACAACAAUACAUGAUAUCAUGAACCAAAUGAUUCGAGAAGUUCCGAUUCUCAACCCUGUAUGCCUCAGUUGGGUGCAUCCUUUGGUUCAGCAGCAAAAGGAAUGGGAUUAAAGGCCCUUGAAUUUGCUCUUUCCAUGUCUGAAUCAGUGGAUAUGUAUGGUUUUACUGUUGAUCCUGGCUAUAAAGAAUGGACGAGAUAUUUUUCAGAGUCACGACAGGGUCAUACCCCACUGCAGGGAAGAGCUUACUAUAAAAUGAUGGAAUGCUUAGGGCUUAUUAAAAUACAUUCACCAAUGCGAGCCGAUCCAAAUCGUGUAGUUGACUGGUUACCAAGCCGCUGCUUGAUUACUGCUGCCAGAGUUGCUUCAGAGAAAUUAUUAAGGAGGGUUGGUUCUGGAUCAAUGGAUCCAUUGGCGAAAUGCUCGAUCAUCACAAAGCAAGCGAAGGGAAAGGUUAGAGAAAUGUCAAGGCCGAGACAAUCCGCUAUAGACCACCAGAAACACGUAAAAGGAACAGUCUUUUACUUCUUGGAGCAUAACCCCGGGCACGGUCAGCUCUGUGCAGUCCGGUCAAGCUGACCAGUCCUGUUUUGAAUCUGAUUCCGAGGACACGUUCCGGUUUCUGAUUGCCAUUUAAAGUGGUCUGGUGAAUGGGAAGCUCAGAAGUUCUUGUCACAUAUGAAAAUUAUACUCACAAAAGGGAAAGCUGGAGAGAAAAGGCAAGAGAGAGACAGGUGUGAUGAAACCAAUUACACUUACAGAAGUGGAUUCCGGAGAGAAAAGGCAAGAUAGAUAGGUGUGAUGAAACCAAUUACUCUCCUUUUUAUCUCUCUCAAAUUUUGAACAACUUUUCACUAAUAAAAGAGUUCGUUAGUC